CGGAAUCCCGUAUUUAUAGGAGCUCUUUGGACGUGGGCUGGUUAGAAACAAAUAACUCGCCGCUGGAAAACAAUACUCAAACAAUUAUAAGAUUUAAGCCUCAUGAUGUCCGUCCUCUUGUUCGUCGCCGGCCUUUUCCCCGCGGUCCUGGGGCACGGCUAUUUACAGGAACCACCCUCCCGCUCUAGCAUGUGGAGAUUCGGGUACAACACGCCCCACAACUACAAUGAUAACCAACUUUUCUGUGGGGGAUUUCAAAGACAAUGGGAUAGAAAUGGCGGGAAGUGCGGAAUCUGUGGCGAUCCUUGGGACGGAGUUCGUGAAAACGAGGCUGGUGGACGUUAUGCAACGGGGAUAAUAAGCAGGAAAUAUAAAGAGGGACAAAUAAUUGAUGUGCAGGUGAAAAUAACGGCAUCUCAUUUUGGAUAUUUUGAAUUCCGUUUAUGUCCGAACAACAACGUUCACAAACCCGCCACGCAGGCCUGUCUAGAUCAGUACUUACUUCACCAACCAUCUGGGAGUGUUCGAUUUCUCGAGCAGGGGCGUCCGCAGACUUACGCAAUAAAACUGAAGCUUCCAAAAGGAUUAACUUGUACACAGUGUGUUUUGCAGUGGAAAUAUAACGCUGGAAACAGUUAUGGAAUGUCCAAUGACGGUCGGAAUUGCAAAGGAUGUGGCAAACAGGAACAGUUCUACGGCUGCGCAGACGUAGCCAUCAGCCCCGCCGACAAUGGAUCCCAAGGUAACGGAAGUCCUCGUCCAAAUCUCGUACAGGAACAGAUUGUAGAAUCUCGCCCUCAGCUCAUUCCUACCUUCGUGAAUGGGGAUGGGGCAACUUGUCGCGGGGUCCAAGCCUUCAGAUUCAUAAACAGUUUUGCUGAUAGUUGGUGCCAAUCAAAUUGCCGACAAGGCUACUGUCCUAUGAUAUACUGUACGCCUGCGUGUCAAAAACUUACUGUUUAUGGUUAAGACCAUAUGCCGAUUUUUUUUAUGUGAUCACCUGUGAUUCAGUGAAAUUGUCAUCAGACUUCUUAUUCUUUUUCUUUUCAGCUAAUUCCAUUGCCUGCAUGUGUCAUUCAAAGCUUCACAAACUGUUUUCUUUGUUAUUUAUUAAUUUAUUGACUGUUUUGUUCGUGUACUAAAUGUUCGUGUUGAUGGCAAUAUUGAUAUUGAUGUGCUUUUUUAAACGACUUUCUUCUAUGUUUUUUUUUAUAUUUUUACUUAUAUUGUAUACAUUUUUGAUUUUAUAUUAAAAACCUCAAAAGUGAUCAACAUUUUAGUAUUUCUUACAGUUCAAAAUGAAAAAUAUAAUAUCGCUCACCUGAAUAUCAAUUUUCAAGUUAAUUUUUACACCCUGUUAUAUUUUUUCUGUUUUAAUGUUAACAAAAAAUACAAACUUAUUAUGUGACCACAAUCUGGCUUCAGGGGAAAGGCCAAGAUUUAAACAAAGAAUCUUUUUGUUAUUAGUUUUAUUCCCGUUUUUCUUGAGAUACUAGGUUUUUCAGAUUUGUUUGUAUACCUUUGAUGAAAAUUUCACUUCUUAUAUGGCCCCACUUUCCCUCUAUAAAUUUCAAUUUGAAUGAGUUUGAAUAAACACAUUAACAGAA